AGAAGAGAGAGACACGCAUACAAAAGGAUUUAUUUCCUAUUCGUUAGUGGAUUGUUAAACCUGAGUGGGAAGGAAAAAAAAAAACCAACAAGGGUGGGUUGUUCUAUUUUGUCCAUAAUUUUUUUCUUAAAAAAAAUCCCUUAAGUGGAUUUGUACCAGAGUGGAAGAUAACUGGGGAUUUUUGUUGUUUGUUUUGGGAAUAGAAACUAAAAAAUGGAGACUGUAAGUAGAAGCAGCUUCCAGCCUCAUCCAGGACUGCAGAAGACCUUGGAACAGUUUCAUCUGAGCUCUAUGAGCUCCCUGGGUGGCCCUGCUGCUUUCUCAGCACGAUGGGCACAGGAGAUGUACAAGAAAGACAAUGGCAAAGACCCAGCAGAACCUGUACUGCAUCUGCCCCCUAUCCAGCCUCCGCCGGUAAUGCCUGGUCCCUUCUUCAUGCCCUCGGACAGAUCCACAGAGAGGUGCGAGACCAUCCUGGAAGGGGAAACCAUCUCCUGCUUCGUGGUGGGUGGAGAAAAGCGGCUUUGCUUGCCCCAGAUCCUGAACUCGGUGCUCAGGGACUUCUCCCUGCAGCAGAUUAAUUCGGUGUGUGAUGAGCUACAUAUUUACUGCUCCAGGUGCACUGCUGACCAGCUGGAAAUCCUCAAAGUCAUGGGCAUCCUGCCCUUUUCUGCUCCUUCCUGCGGGCUCAUCACUAAAACUGAUGCUGAGAGGCUUUGUAAUGCCUUGCUUUAUGGUGGCACCUAUCCUCCCCACUGCAAGAAGGAAUUCUCUAGCACAAUUGAGCUGGAGCUUACAGAGAAGAGCUUCAAGGUGUAUCAUGAGUGCUUUGGGAAGUGUAAGGGACUCUUGGUGCCAGAGCUUUACAGUAACCCCAGCGCAGCCUGCAUCCAGUGCUUGGACUGCAGGCUUAUGUACCCACCUCACAAAUUUGUGGUCCACUCUCACAAAUCGCUGGAAAACAGGACUUGCCACUGGGGCUUUGACUCUGCAAACUGGAGAUCCUAUAUCCUCCUCAGCCAGGAUUACACUGGGAAAGAGGAGAAAGCUAGACUGGGCCAGCUCUUAGAUGAAAUGAAAGAAAAAUUUGACUAUAACAACAAAUACAAGAGGAAAGCCCCCAGGGUCUCUUCAGAUCCUCCUGCUUCCAAAAAGCCCAAAAUAGAUGACUCUGCUUCCCAAUCUCCAGCUUCUACUGAGAAGGAAAAACAGUCCAGUUGGUUACGGUCCUUAUCCAGUUCAUCUAACAAGAGUAUUGGCUGUGUCCAUCCCCGUCAGCGUCUCUCCGCUUUCCGGCCCUGGUCCCCUGCUGUAUCAGCAAAUGAGAAAGAGCUCUCAACCCAUCUUCCCGCAUUGAUCCGAGACAGUUUUUACUCCUACAAAAGCUUUGAGAAUGCUGUGGCCCCCAACGUGGCACUUGCACCUCCAGCCCAACAGAAAAUUGUGAGCAACCCCCCCUGUGCCACAGUAGUAUCACGGAGCAGUGAGCCACUGAGCAGCACUGUCCAGCCGCGGAAAAGAAAACUUGCUGCAGAGAACACAGCUAUCCCAGAAGCAGCAGCCACUGUUGCGGCCACUGUUACUGCCACUGAGGAGGAUAAGGAAUCAGAAGCAGAAAUUGAAGUGGAAACCAGGGAAGAAUUCACGUCCUCCUUAUCCUCGCUCUCCUCCCCAUCCUUUACUUCAUCCAGCUCUGCAAAGGACAUGAGCUCACCUGGGAUGCAGGCCCCAGUCACAGUCAACAGUUCAUACGAGGUUGCGCCACAUUCUGACUCUCACAGCAGUGGGUUGGAAGCUGAGCUGGAGCACCUACGGCAGGCCCUGGACAGUGGCCUAGAUACAAAAGAAGCCAAAGAAAAAUUCCUCCAUGAAGUUGUUAAAAUGAGAGUGAAGCAGGAAGAGAAGCUAAAUGCUGCCUUGCAAGCCAAACGCAGUCUACACCAGGAGCUGGAGUUCCUACGAGUGGCUAAGAAAGAGAAACUGAGAGAAGCAACAGAGGCGAAGCGCAACUUAAGGAAAGAGAUAGAACGUCUGAGAGCUGAGAAUGAGAAGAAAAUGAAGGAAGCCAAUGAGUCUCGGAUACGACUGAAGAGGGAACUGGAACAAGCCAGGCAGAUCCGGGUGUGCGACAAGGGCUGUGAAGCAGGCAGGCUCCGGGCCAAGUACUCAGCCCAGAUUGAGGACCUACAGGUUAAGCUUCAGCAUGCAGAGGCUGACAGGGAGCAGCUCCGAGCUGACCUGAUGCAUGAAAGGGAGGCUCGGGAACACUUGGAAAAAGUAGUCAAGGAACUUCAGGAACAACUGUGGCCUAAAUCAAGCAGUCAACCCAGCAGUGAAAACACAACGAGCAACAUGGAGAACUAAACAACCACCACAUCAUCUAAUACAGCGACAGAAUGACAUAUAUGCACAGUAAGGGAGGAUGC